UGGGCUCAGGGCAGGCCCGCCCACAGCCGCCAUGGCGUCUCAGCUCCGGCUCCGCUCAGCGCUGGCCCUGGUUACAGGUGCGGGCAGCGGCCUCGGCCGUGCGAUCAGCGUGCGGCUAGCGGCAGAGGGCGCCGCGGUGGCCGCCUGCGACCUGGACGGGGCCGCAGCGCAGGACACGGUGCGGCUGCUGGGAAGCCCGGGGAGCGAGGACGGGGCGCCGCGCGGGAAGCACGCUGCCUUCCAGGCGGACGUGUCUCAGGGCCCCGCAGCCCGACGCCUGCUGGAGCAAGUGCAGGCCUGCUUUUCUCGCCCGCCAUCUGUCGUUGUGUCCUGUGCGGGCAUCACACGCGAUGAGUUUCUGCUCCACAUGUCAGAAGAAGACUGGGACAGAGUCAUAGCUGUCAACCUCAAGGGCACCUUCCUAGUCACUCAGGCUGCAGCCCAGGCUUUGGUGUCCAGUGGCGGUCGUGGCUCCAUCAUCAACAUUAGUAGCAUCGUUGGAAAGGUGGGGAAUAUCGGACAAACAAAUUAUGCGUCCUCCAAAGCAGGAGUGAUUGGGCUCACCCAGACUGCAGCCCGGGAGCUUGGACGACAUGGAAUCCGAUGUAACUCAGUCCUCCCAGGGUUCAUUGCAACGCCCAUGACCCAGAAAAUGCCAGAGAAAGUGAAGGACAAGGUAACUGCAAUGAUUCCGUUGGGACACAUGGGGGACCCCGAGGAUGUGGCAGAUGUGGUUGCGUUCUUGGCAUCUGAAGACAGUGGAUACAUCACAGGGGCCUCCGUGGAAGUCAGUGGAGGUCUUUUCAUGUAACUGCCUGAUGGAAGCCGGACUCUGCUCACUGCUCACUCCCCCACCGCUGCCUGGCCUCCUGCUGAUGAGGACGCUAAGUUCCCAGGCUACAAAAGAGAUGGCAGUGUGUGGCUCAGGCGUGCUGAAUAUGGAAGGCAGGGGUGCUUGUGACCCUAAUAAAUUCCAAAUCCUCUUCCCUGCCA